AUGGCUCAGAGUCAGAGCUGCUCUCAAAGCAUGGGCGCGUAUUACUGCCUCGUUCGCAGGAGGUUCAAGAGAAGACGCAAAAAACGAUCCGAACGCAAAGGUAAACCAAUGAAUGACUUAGGAGCCGGUGGGCGGCCCAGAGGGCAGCAGAAGUUCUGCAGUCUGGAUGUGGAUGAAGAAAAACACAUGAGUUCGUGUAGCGUGGACGUUAAAGAAAACCGCAACCUGGACAACCUCUCCUCCAAAGAAGUGCUGGGGGAGGGGCCUCACUUAGCUAAUGGAAACGCUCGGGGAUUGAGCAGGAAACGCCCUCUGGAGGAGGGCAACAAAGGCCACGGGCAUUCCAAAUUCCGGCCCAAGAAGCGCAGAAAACCACAAGGGCCAGUCUUGCCAAAAAAUGCUCUCAUGCAACUGAACGAAAUCAAACCAGGACUGCAGUACAAACUUCUGUCUCAGACGGGGCCAGUACAUGCACCCGUGUUCAUCAUGACCGUUGAGGUUAACGGACAGUUAUUUGAGGGCUCAGGCCCAACGAAGAAGAAAGCCAAACUGAAUGCGGCCGAAAAAGCAAUGCGCUCUUUCGUUCAGUUUCCCAAUGCAUCCGAAGCUCAUCUCGCGAUGGGCCGCACGCUGACUGUUAACGCAGACUUCACCUCAGAUCAAGCAGAUUUCCCAGACAUGCUAUUUAAUGGAUUUGAGACGCCCGCACCGCCUGAUGACACCUUCUACUUGAGUCUUGGCAGCAAUGGGUCUCUCUGCUCCUUAAACGAAUACCCUUUGCCCGUGGCGCUGAAAAACAACAACAGGUCACGUCCUCUCCCACUACCCCCUGCACUCACAACGCCCCCUACAGGCAGUGGCAAAAAUGCUGUGAUGAUCCUAAAUGAGCUUCGGCCUGGACUGAAGUAUGAGUUUGUGGCUGAGAGCGGUGAAAGCCAUGCCAAGAACUUUAUAAUGGCAGUUACUGUAGAUACUCAGAUGUUCCAAGGUUCCGGACGGAAUAAAAAGCUGGCGAAAGCGAGGGCGGCCCAAGCGGCUCUGUCAGGACUUUUUAACAUGCAACUGGACCAGACGCCAUCCCGACAACCAAUCCCAAGAGAGGGACUUCAGCUACACCUGCCUCAGGUCCUCGCAGACGCCGUCUCUCAUUUAGUUGUGGAAAAGUUCAGUGAGCUGACGGAUAACUUCACGUCUCCACAUGCACGGCGGAAAGUCCUUGCGGGUGUUGUCAUGACAACUGGUACAGAUGUGAAGGAUGCUCAGGUGAUUUGCGUCACCACAGGAACCAAGUGUAUAAAUGGUGAGUACAUGAGUGAUCGAGGACUGGCCCUUAACGACUGCCAUGCUGAGAUCAUCGCACGUCGCUCCCUCAUCAGAUACCUGUACAGUCAGCUGGAAUACUUUCUCAGCGACAGCACUGAGGAACAUGAGAAAUCCAUAUUCAGAUGGUGUAGUGAACAUGGCUACCGGCUAAAAGACGAUAUUCAGUUCCAUCUGUAUAUCAGCACGUCGCCCUGUGGAGACGCCCGGAUCUUCUCCCCUCAUGAGGCUGGUGUUGAGGACCAGGGCGACCGGCAUCCAAACCGCAAGGCUCGCGGACAACUGCGAACCAAGAUUGAGUCUGGAGAAGGUACAAUACCCGUUCGUACGAGUAACACCAUUCAGACCUGGGAUGGAGUGUUGCAGGGAGAACGACUGCUAACCAUGUCGUGUAGUGACAAGAUUGCCAGAUGGAACAUAAUUGGAGUGCAGGGGUCUCUUCUGAGUUAUUUUACAGAACCCAUCUAUUUCUCCAGUUUAAUUUUGGGAAGUCUGUACCAUGCCGACCAUCUUUCCAGAGCCAUGUACCAGCGCAUCGCCGACAUGGACGAUCUGCUCAAGCCAUUCGCCCUCAACAGACCUCUUCUUAGUGGUAUCAGUAACACAGAAGCAAGGCAACCUGGGAAAGCUCCCAACUUCAGCGUCAACUGGACAGUCGGAGAUCAGGGGUUGGAGAUCAUUAAUGCCACCACAGGAAAAGAUGAUCUCGGAAGACCGUCUCACCUCUGUAAACACGUCCUCUACAGCCGCUGGGUCUGUCUGCAUGCCAAGCUCAGUGAGACUCUGCGGAUCCGAGGAUCUCGGCCAGGCUCCUACCACGAGGCAAAACAAGCGGCAGUGGAGUAUAAUGCGGCCAAACAGACUCUCUUCAAAGCUUUCUACAAAGCAGGACUUGGAGCAUGGGUUGAAAAACCCAUUGAACAAGACCAGUUUUCCCUUACCUCUUAAGAUAAACCAAGAGAAAGGGAUUGUCGGCAAGAGAUUUUUUGUACAUUUACAUGGAAUGCAAGGUUUUAAUCUAACCUCCAUAGUUGUUAUUUGUAUUGCCUCUGUUAUUACCGAGAGUUGCUUGGUUUCUUUUAUCUGUAAAAAAAACAUGGUUGUGUUUACUCAAAAAAAUGGCUGAGUUAAAAGGAACCCAGCUGAAAUCUUGCCGUUGGGUGGAACAAUACCUUGUGCUAAACCAACCAAUCAAGGUGGCUUGUACAGUUAAUCACAUUGACUAUAAUGCUGGCUUAAUUUUACCUCAAAAUGAUUUUAAGUUACAUCUAUAAUUGUAUUAGGUAGUGGAUCACUGUUUUCACUCCAAUUAAAUAAUGUAAAAAUUUUCAUUUCACCAAGGAAGUUCCCCACAGGAAGUUUUCACUCAGGACAGGAGACAAAUUGAUCUAUAUUAUGGUUGCUAUAAACCAGCAGCUUUGUUGCACCAAAAUACACAACAUUGUGAAAAUAACUAUAGAGAUGCGCAAUACAAAAUGUAUGUUCUAAUACAGAUAUCUGUUAAAUAAAACAUCUUCUGAUACCGAUAGUUGGUACUUCUAGUACCAGUGGUGGUACUGCGCUUUCUGCCACCUUUUUAAACACCCUUACAUUAAAUAACUAAUAAUGGAAUUUAAUUAUCUUACUCUCUAUAGCAUCUUUUUGACAUUUAGCUAACUUAGGGUGCUUAAAUAACAGUCAAGCUGUGAUAAUUAUUAUUAAGUGCUAUUAAUUAACAAGCCGGAGAUGUUUUAUUCACUGCAUGAGUUUUGUAAUGGCCCACUUUUUCACCUCCCUUUUGAUUGAUAGGACAUAAUUAGCUGUUUAAAUAUCCAGCCGAUGUCUAAUAACUCCGAUAGUAACAAAUAUAGGCCAAUAGCAGUAAUUGGCCAAUAUGUGUAGCUAAAAAUAAUCAAACAAAAUGACCCAACAGGCUCAGCCCAGUUUUGGGUAAAGUCAAAACCCAGUGUUUUUGUUUGUUUUUUAAUACUUGUUAAUGUAUUCUAACGUACAUGUUUUUUUGUCUAAAACCACAUUUCCACUUUAUUGUAAAUGUGACAAUUUAGUUGUCAGUUUAAACUGAUUUUAUCAGCCAAUU